GUCACUGUUUUUUCAUAACCUGUCAAGAAUAUUUUACGAAUAUUCGGAAAAAAGUCUGUAGCAGCCGCCGGUUCCAUAACAUCAAAAUAGGCGCUCUGAAGUUAUAAAUUGCCGUGAAUAUAUAGAGAAGUUUUGCAAAUACAUCGUUAAAUAAUGACAGCGUUAGAUCCAACCUUUGUGAGCAUAAAUGAUAAUGAGGAUAACAGGGAGGUAAACGAAUGGAUACGGUUUGGAAUGCGUUUAGCGGUAAGCUCUGCACUACACCCAUUUGAAUACUCGAAGGUGCUUAUUCAACUGGGCUAUGAACCCAUACCAGCACGUCCUGGUACAUCACUAUUGGGUAAACCAAUAAUGGUGCUACCAAAUAUUUUCCAGUAUGCUGGAUACAUCAGAAAAAUGGAUGGUUUCUAUGGCUGUUAUCGUGGUCUAGCGCCGAAACUGGUGGGUUCAAUUAUGAGCAUGAUUUUCAGUGAAAAAAUUGCUGACAGGGUGGGUCUACCAGCGAUCGAUGAUAAGGAUAAAGACGACAAUGACCUCACCGAUGAAGAGCUUUACGUACAAUUCAAAGUGAACCUGAAACGGGAUGUUGUCUUGAGCGUGUCUGGAAUUAUUGUCUCACAUCCCUUCCAUGUGAUUUCACUGCGUAUGAUGGCACAAUUCAUUGGACGUGAAACAUUAUAUCAAUCAAUUUUCGGUUCUAUCAGAGAGAUUUAUAAAACUGAUGGUGUUGUAGGUUUCUUCGCCGGUUUAGUUCCCAAAUUGCUUUGUGAUGUUGCAUGUUUAGUGCUCACGAGUACCACUGUGUUCGUAUUAAACAAAUAUCUUAUUAAAGACAAAAUUGGCAGACAGUAUAAUGCUGGUUUUAUACAGUUUGCCUUCUCAAGCAUUUUGUAUCCCCUGCAAGUGGUCUCCACAUGCAUGUCUGUGACGAGUUCACGUUUAAUGGCCGGUCGCCCACCAGUUAUGCCCGAAUACAAAAAUUGGGUUGACUGUUGGAAUGACUUGCAAGCGCGUGGCGAACUUAAACGGGGCAGCUCUUUGUUUUGGCGCUCUGUUGGUGGUUCCACAAGAAUUAUUAAUGCUGGCAAGCGUGUUGACUUUGUGCCCCUGCCUACUAUUUCAAAAUAUCAAUAAGCCAAAUCUACGAAUCCACUACCUCAAUCCUGGAGCAACGAUGCAUUUUAAAUAUAAUUUAUUUUGCUGUUGAUUUGCAGCGCAAAUAUUUAAAACUAUUUGCAUUUGGUGUUAAAUUUUUUUUUUUAGGAAAUUAGUUGGAAUUUAAAAUUACAGAAAUAAAACGGACAGGCGCAUCACAUGGUCUACAAAGAUUUUUACCAAUUCUUUAUUUAAAUUAAUGUAUUUAAUUGGAAAUGAAAUUAAAUGAACUUAGCUCGUA